UAAGUUCGCCGCUGAAGAGACAGGUACGGGAACUUGCUGUUUUCGCGGUUCUUUUCUCUCCCUUCCCGUUUCCAGUGUCGGUACAAUCAUCGAGGUCGGGUAAUCUUUCCGUCAUUCUGCUAUUCGAUUUCUCCUUUUCAAGAUGGGCUUUUUGUUGAGAGUUUUGUUCGUGGGGAUUUCGCUGGCCACAGCCGUGGUGUUCAAGCAGUAUCGCAACCUUACAGCACCGAUGCCUGUACCCGAUCUGAACAUGAAACAGUACUGGGGCCCGGGAGAUGUGAAACAGUACAAGGAGGACCCGAGCAUUAAACCGUUCAAGGUGUCGUACGAUGCGGCAGUGAUCGAGAAGCUGCGCGGCAAGUUGGCGGACGUGCCCAAGCUAACGCCACCGCUCGACGGGGUUGCCUUUGAGUAUGGGUUCAACACGAACCGGCUGCAGGACAUCCUCAAGUACUGGCGCACCACGUACCUGGACAAAUGGAGCGAGCGGGAGAAGUUCCUCAACAAGUUCCCCCACUUCCAGACCCAGAUCCAGGGCCUCAACAUUCACUACAUUCACGUGAAGCCGAAGGUGCCGGCCGGUACGAAGGUUCUGCCGCUGCUGCUACUGCACGGGUGGCCCGGAUCGGUGCGCGAGUUUUACGACAUCAUCCCCCUGCUAACGACCAGCUCGAAGGAUAAGGACUUUGUGUUCGAGGUGAUUGUACCGAGCCUGCCCGGGUACGGCUGGUCGCAGGGCAGCGCCAAAAAGGGCCUGAGCCCGUCGGAGGUGGCGAUCGUGAUGAAAAAUCUGAUGAGUCGCGUCGGCUUCGAACAGUUCUACAUCCAGGGCGGUGACUGGGGAUCGCUGAUCGGGAACUACAUUGCCACCUACUUCCAGAGCAACGUACUGGGUGUUCAUCUCAACAUGUGCUCCAUCAUGACGCCACUGUCCUACCCGAAGAUGUUCCUUGCCGCCCUAAAGCCUUCGCUGUUUAUCGAUGAGCAGUACACCGAUUUUUAUUUCCCAUUGAGCGCCAAGUUUGCCAACAUCAUCGAGGAAACGGGCUACAUGCACAUACAGGCAACGAAACCGGACACGAUCGGUACGGUGCUGCAGGGUAAUCCGGUCGGUCUGGCCGCCUACAUACUGGAGAAGUUCUCCACCUGGACCAAUCCGGCCUAUCGCAAUCUGCCGGACGGAGGGCUCGAGAAAUACUUCAGCCUCGACGCACUGCUAGACAACGUGAUGAUCUACUAUCUGACCGAUAGCAUUACCACGUCGCAGCGAAUCUACGCCGAGGCGUUCGCAUUUGACGAGCUGAAGAAAGAGAUCGAUCGCAUUCCGACCGCAGUGCCGGCCGCCUGUGCCAAGUUCCGGUACGAGCUGUUCCAGCAGAUCGAUUGGGUGCUGAAGGAUCACUUUACCAAUCUGGUUCAGAGCAACCAUUUCGAGGAUGGAGGUCACUUUGCGGCCAUGCAGCUGCCCGAGGUGCUGUACAAAGAUUUCGUUGCGUUCAUUGCCUCGAUUCAGAAGUGAGAACAGGGCAUUGGAAGCAUAAUAAGCUGCACAAACUAUUAGGUAGUGGAAAGGAUGUUGAUCGAUGUUUUAGAAUUUUGUAUCGAAACUCCGCCUUGCAGGUCUAUCGAAGUGGAGCAAUGCGUUUUGUUACGUGAAUAAACAUGAACACGAUAAAUGGUUAAAA